UGCUGCAGGGAAUCCUUUUGUGAUGGCCCUCUGUCUUCUUUGAUGGCUCCAAAUCCUUCUGUGAUACAGCUAAUCACGUACGACUUCUGGGAAAAAUAUUGCCAAAACUUGCACAUCUCAGACCUGGACAAUAGGCCAUCUAUUUCACCUUCAGAAAGGGCAUCUCUGGGUGCUCAGUUGAAGCACAACCCAAUCCAGCACUCCCAGCAUCACACACAAGAUUUAAACACCAGAUCGAGAGAGGUAGCAGCCAUGGCGGACCUGGUUGUUGGAUCCAUGGCGGACCUGGUUGUUGGAUUGGCCAAAUCGGUGGUGGAGGGCGCGCUGACCAAGGCCCAGUCGGCGAUCGAGGAGGAGUCCCAGCUCCAGCAGAGUGCGCAGCGAGAUCUCGUCUUCAUCACCGGUGAGUUUGAGAUGAUGCACUCCUUCCUCAACGUCGCCACCAAGGAGCGUGUGGAGAACAAGGUGGUGAUGACCUGGGUGCGGCAGGUCCGCGAGCUGGCCUACGACGUGGAGGACUGUAUCGAGUUCGUUGUCCACCUUGACACCAAGACCAGCAAGACAAACUGGUUUUGGCGGAUGAUCCCCUCGUGGUGCAUCGCGCCACCGCCCACGGCACUGGCGCUAGACAAGGCGGUCAGCGAGAUUGAGCAGCUCAAGGCCCAGGUGAAGGAUGUGAGCACCAGGAACUCACGCUACAGUCUCAUCAGCGACUCUGGCUCCAAGCCUGUCACACAGCAUCAUGCGGCAAUGGCCGGUACCACUGCCCUCAGCUCAACGGAACUCAACAUGCUCGCCGAGGCGAGGGACGCCGCCAGGAGGCAGCAAGGCUUGGGGGAUAUCACCCACUUAAUCACCAACAAAGACAAUCAAGACCCUCAUCUUCAGGUGAUCUCUGUGUGGGGGACAGGCAGCGAUCUUGGGACAACCUCCAUCAUCAGGAAGGCGUACUCUGACCCAGAAAUCUGCAAGAAGUUCUUGUGCCGUGCCUGGGUGAAGCUGAUGCAUCCUUUCAACCCCAACGAAUUUGUCCGGCGCUUCAUGGCUCAGGUCUACAAAAACUCUUGUGAAGAACAAGGAGUAGAUGUAGGUGUACAUGUCCUGACAAAGAUGAAGGCUGAGCAAGGAGAUCUCCUAAAGGAGUUCGUGAAAGAAGUCAAAACCAAGACGUACCUCGUCGUCUUGGAGAACCUGACCGACAUGGUAGACUGGGAUGAUGUGAGGACAUUCCUUCCUGACAUGAUGAAUGGCAGCUGGAUCAUCGUGUCAACGCAGCAAUUCGAGAUUGCAAGCUUGUGCAUCGGAGGCUCCUACCAGCCAUUGGAGCUGCAGCAGUUCUCGCCUGAGCACUCAGUCUGUGCCUUCUUCAAAGAGGGUUCUCAAGGAGAUAAAGAUGAGAAACUAGCUUUGUCUCAAGUGGGCCAAAAUUCCUCCAAUGGAAAAACUCCCUCGUCUAACUGGGAAGCUGCCACUUAUUGGAUGAAAAACUCUCCCCUUGUUGGACGUGAGACAGAAAUGAAUGAACUUGGCAGUUAUACAGCCAAGGCAUGUUUCAGUAAUUCCCGAGUGGUGUCCGUUUGGGGGAUAGCUGGCAUUGGGAAAUCUGCUCUUGUUAGAAACUUGUACUAUGACAGAAUACUUCACAGCAGCCAGUUUAAGCAGUACAGUUGGGUUGAUAUAUCGCAUCCAUUCAAUUUAAGGGAUUUUUCUCGAAGCUUAAUUUCAGAUCAUCAUUCGGAAAAAGAUCCCAUUAAAGAGUGUCGUGAGCUUCUGAGUCAAGGUCAAUGCCUCGUUGUUAUUGACGAUCUCCAGUCCAAAGAAGAAUGGGACUUAAUACAGGCUGCCUUGGUAUCUAGACCUUCUUCAAGUAUUAUCAUUGUCAUUACAACUGAUGCUACCCUUGCCACUCAUUGCACAAAGAACGAAGACCAAGUAUUUAAUGUCAAAGGUCUACAAGCUGAUGCAGCCAUGGAUCUCUUCAGGAAAGAGGUAAAAAGAAAGAAUCCAGCAUGCCCUUUACACGAUCACAAAGAUGAAGACCUAGAAGAACUUAUUUUGAAAUGUGGAGGUCUUCCCAAAGUGAUAGUUUCUAUAGCUGCCUUAUUGGCCACACAGACCGUCACAUUGAUGGAUACUGUGCGUGCGUUGAAUGACAAAUUUAUGCACGAUCUAGAGACGAAUCCAGAUUAUGAUAGUUUGCGGGGCCUAUUUGACUGGAUGUAUAACUAUUUCCGUACUUGCCCAGAUUCCCUCAAGCCAUGUAUCUUUUACCUAUCAAUUUUUCCUCGAGGUCACAACAUUCGGCGAAGGCGACUAGUAAGGAGGUGGAUUGCAGAAGGUUACUCCAGAGACAGUGAAGAAGAAUCCGCAGUGGAUAAAGGGGAGAAUUUCUUCUCAAAGCUCCUUGACCUGAGUAUAAUCCAGCAUAUACCACAGUUAGUUACCACUGCAUUUAGUGAUACAAGGAUGGUCACGUGUCAGGUCAAUGCCUUCAUCCGCGAGUACAUCGUGUCAAGAAGAAUGGAAGAGAACCUUGUUUUUGAACUUGGGCCCAAUUGUGUCCUAACCACCCAACGUACUGGGCGUCACCUUAUCAUAUUGAAAGGCUGGGAUAGAGACAGAAUUGUUUUCGAGAGCAUUGACUUUUCGCGGCUACGGUCACUGACGGUGUUUGGAAAGUGGGAAACAUUCUUCAUCUCUGAAAGCAUGAGGCUACUUCGGGUGCUCGAUCUAGAGGACACAUCAGGUCUGAAAGAUGAAGAUCUCAAGAUAAUGGUACAGUGGCUGCUUCGCCUCAAGUUUCUCUCUUUACGAGGAUGCAAGGACAUCUCCCGUCUGCCAAAUUCACUAGGUGAUCUCAGACAGCUCCAGACUCUGGAUGUGAGACACACCCGCAUAGUCAAAUUGCCAGCGAGCAUCAGCAAGUUACAGAAGCUGCAGUACGUCCGUGCCGGCACCAAAGCCCCAGCAUCAGCGCCACCGGCCUCAUCUAGCAGGUUGCCAGAGUUCAUCAGACGCCAUGGUCUAGUUGGUGUUAAGGUGCCAAGAGGUAUUGGAAAACUAACAGCGCUGCACACACUUGGUGUUGUUAACGUUGAUGCUUCAGGGGGGAAGGCCAUCGUGGAAGAGCUCAAGAAGUUGACCCAAUUGCGCAAGCUCGGAGUGUCCGGCAUCAACAGGUAUAACAUCAACGAGUUCUUCUCUGAAACCUCGGUUCUUGUUCAUUUGGAAUCGGUUUUGGUACAGCUUGAUGAGGACAGUCGAGGUUGCUUGGAAAAAAUCUCCCUUCCUUGGAAGAACAUGCAGAGUCUUACACUAUAUGGCCUCCAAGACAUGUUGCCGCCACUGGAGAUGGACACUCUUAAAAAGCUCAGAAAGUUGGAUCUGGAGAUGGACACGUUACAGAGUAUUGGAAUGGAGUUCCUAGCCAAGCUACCAGAGCUACGUAUCAUACACCUUCGAGUCAAACAGCUUGUGGAUGGAAAACUCCAUUUUUGUGCCAAGAUGGAAGGUUUGGAGUUGGACACCUUCGAGAAGGUGAAGAUCCUCGAGGUCACUUGCAUGUCCAGCAGGUUACAUGUAAGCUUUGGAUCAAAAUCGAUGAAGAAUCUUGAGCUGCUCAAGAUUGACUGCUCCAGCGCUGCAUAUGAGCUUACAGGCCAAAACAAUCUUUUGGAGCUCAAGGAGGUAUUUCUCAAGGGUACUGACGAUGAAGAAGUCAAGACAUCCGUUGAGAACCUGCUUGCCGAUCAUCCAAGGAAGCCUGCGGUGAAGCUCGGACUACAACGCUCAUCCUGAAGGGUUGGCAUUUUGUCUGUUUAUUUCGCCUACCACUAGCUGGAUCCAGCCCUUGCCAUUUCUCGUUUGCUUUUUAGGGUUUUGUUUGUACAUGCCUUGUGUUUUUAUCUGUUAUAAACAUCUAUCCUGUAAUAAAAUACUAUGUCCAAUCUUCUAACACCUUACGUUCUUGUAAAAAUAAAAAGUUUUACCUUCAUUCGAACGGUGGUUGAUGUGAUGAUGGUACGUAACUAGCCUGUUGCGGUGUACUAGCUUAAAAGAGUUUGUUGGAGUUUGUUUUUA